AUGUCGAAGAUCACCAAGGCAGCGAAGGCCGUGAAGAAAGUGGACACAGGCAAUAUAAUCCGGGCCAUAGUGAGGUCAGGACAGGCGGCGCCGGGACCCCCGCUCGGCCCCAUCCUGGGACAGUUGGCUCCCAAAGCAGGGGCGAUGAAUGAUUUAGACAUCUGUCCGUUAAGCGUGGAUAGACGGUUCGGAGCGCCGUGGCCAGGACGCCGCGCCGUGCGCUUGUGUCUGUUGGCUCUGGAGCCGGCGGUGUGUGGAGCAAACUGUAAAUAA